AUGGCAUUGACUGUGAUAACAAGUUCUAACCAGGACAAGAAAUACAACGAUAACCGAGCUUAUGGUUAUGUACGCUUUGAGACUGGUGACGAGAUGUCUCGCAGAGCGAAGUUUGCCUUUAUUACUUGGAUUGGGCCCGGCGUAAGACCUCUUAAGAAGGCAAAAGUCAGCACUGACAAGAGUUUCGUCAAGAAAAUUUUUCAUCAAUUCGGCAAGGAAAUCCUCGCGGACGAAAAAGGUGAAUUGCGCUAUGACAAGAUACUGAAAAUUCUUGAGGCCGCAAACGGUGCCGAGUAUGGUAAGCGUCGUUACGUUGGAACACUACGUACUGCAUUGACUGAUGUCGCACGCAUUAGAGUGUUGAAGCGACAAUUGGUUCACUAAAUACAAGUUUUGAAUGUAUUUUUGUGCGCUGACACCCCUUUGAUUGAUGGACUUGUCCUUGGAAACUAUAAUAUUGAAAAAAAUAAAAACCCCGUCCUGGAAAAAUUUUAGGUUUUGUUAUGGUCGUUAUUGAUUUUAAUUACUGCAGCUUCAAAAACUGUUAUAAUGAUAUAAAUGCCAAAUUUCUUAAUACAAUAACCUCUUACCUCAAGUGUUGGUUGCUCGCGGCUCAGUAAAAUCCACCACAAGCCACCAACACCGAGAUGAAUAGUGGUUUAAGUAUAUGUACUAAAACAGUGAGAUAAUAAAAUGUUGCACAAAAAGAUGAUUUUAACUCAUUUAUUCCUGCAACGCAACGGCGCAAGUCCCUCGGAGGUGAAUAGUAAGAAUAUUCGGAAUUUAAGUAGCCAAUCGCAGGACGCCGUCCACGCUAUCCACCUAUUUCCAUAUAUGCUAGACAUCUCGAGUCAAGACCGGCUAGUACUAGAAGACGGCGAAUUACAAGCUAUGGUUGGUUUAAAACGUCCAUUUUGAGUUUUGUGUGGACGCUUGCCAUGAUUUUGUAUUUUUUCCUACAAUAAUUAAGCGUCAACAGCCUGUUUUGAUUAUCAAACGAGAAAGUGCGAAUCGAACGGGCGCAAAUUCCGGGCGAGUUACUCGGAGGUGAAUACAAAAGAUAUUCGGAGUUGAGUAACCAAUAAGAGCGCGCCUUCAACGCUAUCCACUGCUUUAGAUUAUACUAGAAUACGCUAAUUUCAUGACAAAAACAAAAUAAGCUAAGGCCCGUCCAAACUUCACAAUUGGAACCCUGCGUGGUCAGGGCGAUUACAUCGAGGAAAACGUCGAUCAAAAAAAUUUUUUUCCUGAAGAAAUUAGCGAGUGACGGGGUGUAGUUAUCGUCUCCAACAGUGUCAGAAUGCAACUGAAUUUUAGCCAAGAAAAAAUAAUGUUCUCAUGCAUUAUUCUCUAAUGUUUCAGCAUAACACAAAUCUCGCCGGUCCCUUGUUUUGUUACUCGGCUCCAAUUCUCAACCGAUUCGCUAUACCAGGGUCCGAGAUUAACUUUUUUUAGGCAGGCGCCAACUGGCGACGGGAAUUUUUUUUCACUCGUCAUAUGGAAAAAUGUGGAUAUAUCAACAAAGUUGAAGUGGUAAAUUGGCCAC